AUGACUUAUUAAAUAUUUAUUUAAACUCCAGAAGGCAGUCAUCUACAUUUCAGAGGAUCUGAUAUUAAUGAUAUAAAGGUUUUUGUAGGUUAGGAACUCGGAAUUCCAGAGGACAUACAAAAGUAUCAUAUAGGAGGAAGACUUUUAUCAAAUAUUUCUCAAUUGAGUGAUUUAUGCACAAUAACCUUGUUUUUAGGAUUAUAAGGUCAUGAAACUUGAAUAUUAUUAGGUGGUAAAGGUGGUUUUGGAUCAUUAUUGAAAAAUUAAGCAUAAACUAGAAGAAAGAUUAUAAAUUGGGAUUAAUCAAGAGAUAGAGAUGGUAGAAGGAUUAUUAAUUCUAAGAACACAAUUAAUUUAAUCAAUUAUUUCUAGAAUAAAAAGGAUGAACCAAAUAAAAUAAAGAAGGAAAGAGAUUAAGUUGAAUUAACUUAAGCAACAUUAAAAGCUAAUGAAAGUAACAUCAAAUUGGAUUAGGUAUAUAUUAGAAGAAACUAAUAAAAUGAAAAAAAUAUUGAAAAUUCAAUAUAAUAAGCAAAAGGUAAUUACAAGGCUAGGAAAUAGGCAGAGAAAGUAAAGGAAAAAGUAGAAUUAGAUUUCUUAAAUGAAAUUGAUUAAUUUUUAGAAGAAGAAAAAUAAGAAAUAUAAUAAGAAUAAAUAAAUAAUAUAGAUGAAUAAAUUAAUAAAUCAGAAAAUGUUGGAAAUGAAGAACCUUAAAUAUCUAAGAAAGUUAAAGUUUGA